GGUAAACCUAAACUCACGGGUGACACACGGUCAUCCGGGCAUCAUUGUAUAAAGCUGCCAUUUUAUAAACACGGAAGUAGCUAUAUGUAAAUAAGGAAUCGAUAAUAAGAUCAGAGUGACCAGGUGACAUGUCGAUAUUACGGAGACACAAGGCCCUGUUAGGCCUGUCGGUAUUGGCGGUGUUACUCCUCAUCAGCGCCUUCUCCAGUCCUUACUGGUUCCGUCUCCAUUACCUGUCGUCCGGACGAGGAGAUCAUGGCUGGCAGGAUCAUCUAUCGGGAGACGGACCUAUCGCCAUGGCCAAGAGGGAGAGCGAGCCCCGUCCCCGUCACCCAGACGACACCUUUGUCACUGUGUCCGCUGGACUAUGGUACUUCAUUACGUGUGUGGACAAUGUCAAGUUUACAGAGGAAGGUGCCAGGAAUCUCCACAAGUGUCACUUCAGUACCUACUGCCACGCUAGCCAUGCCGCUGAUCAUCUCCCGGAGGAGAUGCGCGGGGUCGGUCUCGAAUCUAUUUACACCAAUAUUGGAGAAUUCAGUCAGUUCGGGCUCCUGGAGUUCCAAGUAGAGGCCACUAUUGGGAUGGUUUGUGCUAUUGUCGGGAUGAUCGCCGGAUUCCGGUACGUGUGUGGUCACUUCACAAAGCGCGGCACUGGACUUUUGACAUUCAUCUUCCACAUAGUUCCAGGUGUGUUGUUUGCGGUAAUAUUCGGUAAGGCGAUCACUAUGUAUAAGAUGUGUAUGAUGGCUCUGACACAGCUGUUCGGGUACCAUACCGAUUCGCCGUUCCUGUACAUCGCCAUACCCUACUCCCUUCUUGUCGUGUCUGGCGCCUCCAUUAUAAUACUCGGAAUCUCUCUAGUGUUCCUCAUCAUUCUCUCGAAAGGACCACGUAAACAUAUCGAUGUGAUCAGGGCACAAGGAAUAGCACCUGGUGUGCCGUUCGGAAUGAUAUCCCCUCCUGGAUACCAGCCAUUCCUUGGACUCUCCGACCGCCCAUCCAGCAAGGAGGGCGAGCAACUUACGGAAAAGGUGCCUUUAUAAACUGCUCAAAGAAAGCAAUAUUGCAAUGAAGCUGAUGUAUCUAUUAAUGUUGUCGUAAAUAAUGAUCUGAGUAGCAUAUUUUGGGUUUUUUUUUCACACUUGUUCAAUAAAUAAGAUAAAUAGCAGAUCCUUAUCCACUUGAGGACCAGACAAGAAUUUCUAGGAGAAUACAGACUAUAAAACCUGUACAGUGGUUGGUAAUUUUACAGAUGAUAGAUAUUUGAUUCCCAGUACAAACGUGAUCACGUUUCCUGCUAUUCUGUCUCAUUUGCUGGGCAAUGAUGAUUAAACAAGACAAAUGUAUUUAUCAACUUCAGAUGUUUAAUAUAAACUCUUUUUUUUUUUUACUAUUUAAAAACCAAAACGUUAUUCUACAGAUAAUUAUGUUGAUGUCGUUGAGAUCAAUUUUCAAUUUAAGUCCGUUCAAGAUGAUGUUUAUUUCGCGUUUUGAUGAACACUAAUUUAUUUUUGAAACAAGAACUAAUGAUAUUCCCUUUUCAGCUUACAUCCAGGUGAUAAUAUUACUUGAAUUACUAUAACAAUUAUUGUUCAAAUCUUGGAAAUGAUAAUUUUUACAACAUAAAUUGAUGGGCCAAAGUACAAUUUAAAAAAAAUAGCAUCCUUGCUUUAAAUGUGAUAUUCAUUAUACAAAGUUCUUUUUGUCAGACUUUAUUUAAUUAAAUAGACUUUACAUAUAAAAUGUUUUGAAAAAUUGAUGAAGAAUAAAGAUAUUUCUUUACUUUUA